UCAAGAACUAGAGAUACUAUUAUUUGAGAGUUCCACAUUAAAAAUGUGUGGGAACUCACUCAUCACAUUCUAAUAACUAUAAAUGAGGAAAGCUUGUCAUUUCUCUAUACUUUAAUUAAAUCAAACGUGAAGAAAGACCACAUAUCGUGACCAGAGCUAUACAUAAGAUUAAAAAAAGUAGACGACAUGUCGUUUAUGUUUCAAUUAGUGUCGUUUGGAAGCCACAUCUGUUAGCUUGUUUGAAAUGCUUCCACGCCAAAUGGUUAUACCUGUCGAAGCAGCUUGCUACUUCUUAAAGCAAAAUGUCAACUGAGAUCUUUGUUUAUUCCCACCUUGUCUCUUCUUGGCGUUUUAGUUGGUAAAAAUUGCCAUGAUUUUACAAAUUAUUCCACAAAAACCCCCGUACAGGCUUCUAGAGGAGAAGCUCAUUUCACUCUUGCAGUCAUGUAAAUUCGCAAAGCACCUUCACCAAAUCCAAACCCAGAUCAUUAUUCAUGGUUUUCAGUAUAACGACUUCAUCAACCCGAAAAUAAUAAUAGCAUGUGUGAAAAUAAAGCGAGUGGAUUAUGCACGCAAAGUGUUCGAUCAAAUUCCUGAACCCAAUUUUGCGUUAUGGAAUGCGAUGUUCAGAUGCUAUGCUAAAAACGAACGGCAUAGAGAAGUUUUACUUUUGUUUGGUAAGAUGAAGAGGUUGGAUGCAAUACCUAAUUGCUUUACUUUUCCUGACGUUAUCAAAUCAUGUGGGAAACUUAAUGCAUUAGUUGAAGGUGAAGAGGUUCAUUGUGAAGUGAUUAAGUGUGGUUUUACAGUAAAUCCUUAUGUCGGUACUACCUUGAUUGAGAUGUAUUCGGGUGGAGGAGCAAUAGGAGAUGCUUAUAAAGUGUUUGGUGAGAUGUAUGAAAGGAAUGUAGUUGCUUGGACUUCGAUGAUCAAUGGUUACAUUUUGUGUCAUGAUAUAGUCUCGGCUCGUUGCCUUUUUGACUUGGCUCCAGAGCGUGAUAUUGUCUUGUGGAAUACUAUCAUUUCGGGUUACAUUGAAUUGGGUGAUAUGGUGGCUGCCCAGAAGCUCUUUGAUGAGAUGCCGAAUCGGGAUAUCAUGUCUUGGAACACUAUGUUGAAUGGCUAUGCCAAAAAUGGAGAUGUUGAAGCGUGUGAAAUGUUCUUUGAAGAGAUCCCUAAGAGGAAUGUUUUCUCUUGGAACAUUUUGGUUGGAGGAUAUGCUCGAAAUGCAUGCUUCUUUGAUGUUCUAAAGUCUUUCAAAAGGAUGCUAAUUGAGGUCGAUGUGUCUCCAAAUGAUGCGACACUAGUGACUGUUUUAUCUUCUUGUUCAAGAUUAGGUGCUCUUGAUUUUGGUAAGUGGGUACAUGUAUAUGCAGUGAAUAUUGGCUACAAGGGAAAUGUUUACAUAGGAAAUGCUUUAAUUGACAUGUAUGCAAAAUGUGGAUUGAUAGAAAAUUCAGUCGAAGUGUUUACAGGUAUGGAUAUGAAAGAUUUAAUCACAUGGAAUUCUAUAAUUUGUUCCUUGGCAAUCCACGGACGUGGGGAUGAUGCCUUAAGAAUGUUUAGUGAGAUGAAGAAGGCUGGAGAAAAACCAGAUGGCAUUACCUUCAUAGGCAUUUUGUGUGCUUGUUCGCAUCUGGGGUUGAUCGAAGAUGGCUUGUCAUAUUUCAAUUCAAUGGUGAAUGAGUAUCACAUUACGCCAGAAAUUGAACACUAUGGUUGUGUAGUUGAUUUGUUAGCUCGAGCUGGUCAUUUAGACCGGGCUGUAGAUUUUGUGAAGACAAUGCCUAUUGAUGCAGAUGCUGUGAUUUGGGCUGCUUUGCUUGGAGCUUGCAAGAUAUACAAAAAUAUUGAGUUAGCUGAACUAGCUCUUGAACGACUCAUUGAACUUGAACCUCAAAACCCAUCAAAUUAUGUUAUGCUUUCAAAUAUAUAUGGUGAUCUUGGGAGAUGGAAAGAUGUGUCAAGACUAAAAGUUGCUAUGAGGGACACUGGGUUUAAAAAAUUUCCGGGAUGCAGCUUAAUUGAGGUAAAUGACAGUGUUGCUGAAUUCUAUUCUUUUGAUGAGAGACAUCCUGAAAGAGAUGAAAUUUAUGGAGCAUUGGCAGGAUUGACGAAAUUGUUAAGAUCAUUUGGUUAUGUACCUGAUCUUAUGGAGUUUGGCUUGGGAGCCUAGAAAAAGAAUAUCAAUUUUGUUUACUUACUUUAUGUCACAUACAAAUUGUAACUUUAAAUAUGUUUAAGAACAUUGCCUUAACCACUUAAUUAAAAAUUUCAAGUCUAUGUCUCUGUUUU